GGCCCCAAAAUGUCUGUGCACAUCCCUGUUUGUGUGUAUGUGCAUUUAAGACUGGGUAAUUGUAUGUGUGUUUUCACAUACUUUUUUGCAAGUGUGUGUGUGUGUGUGAAUGUGUUUUCUGACCUGCAUGCGAGUGAGUGUUUGUGUGUGUGAGUUUGAGAUUCUGUGCAAGUCGCACAUAUGUCGAGUGUGUGCGAACCUGCGCGCAUGUGUGUGUCGGUGUUAUCCAAACAUGCUACACACGUGCGGCGGCUGGACAAUGGAGGGUGCUAGGGCGACACCCUUCCAUGCAUGGUCAUUGCCAUCCAACUAUCCAUUUUCCGUACUGCUCAUCCUCACUGGGGUCGCGGGCGUGCUGGAGCCUUUCCCAGCUAUCUUCGGGUGAGAGGCGGGGUACACCCUGAACUGGCCAAUCGUGUGAACUGUUGCGCAGUGCGCAUGGUUUGGCGACAGUUUUCCAUGAGUGGCCAAUCAAAAUGCACAGAAGCUUUCACUCACAAUGAAAAUACAUUUCUGGGUUUGCGAGCCAUGCCGCCGUGCGGCCUCGAGCCAUAGAAAUAGUAAAUAAAGCAUUAAAUAUUGUGUUUUACAUCAAUACAUAACUAUAUUCAUGGUGUAAUUUGCCUGUGGGUGAAAAAGCGAAGCUUAUGACCAGAAUGUAUGCGAAAGGUACGUACCCGCUAGGUAUGGUCAAAUAAAUGCAGGCAGUGAGACGCCUUUAAAAUAUCCCCACUCUAGCAUAUGUCCUCUCUCUUUAGCAACCCGCUUCUUCCUUAACUUCUUUUUAUGGUUUAAGAAAUGUGAUCAGGUACAAUAUACUGUAUGUACAGUACAGCAUCAAACGCAGGCUACACAGGCUUCCUCAGGGCAUCCAGAUAUAUGCUAUAGAGGAGAGAGGGGGACCUUGAUCAUUCUGUGAAUAGGUGUCAGAUGGACUUAAAAACGGCAGGGGCCCCACUGAUUGUGUAGUGGUACACUCGCCUGACUUUGGUGCAGGCAGCAUGGGGUCAGUUCCUACUCAGUGAGGGUGUGAAUGUGAGUGCAAAUGGUUGUCUGUGUCUAUAUGUGCCCUGCGACUGACUGGCGACCAGUUCGGGGUGUAGUCUGCCUUUUGCCCGUGUAGUCAGCCGGGAUAGGCUCCAGUGCCCCACGACCCUAACCAGGAUAAGCGGUGUUGAAUAUGGAUGGAUGGAUGAAUAUUUAAGUUUCUUCCAUUUUAGAAACUACAUUACAUCUCUCAUCCAAAGGGAACUAGAAGGACACUAGAAGGAGAAGAAGAUGUGUCUUACUAUCAAAGAUGUGAAAUGGUAAAUGUUAAAUGGACUGCACUUAUAUAGUGCUUUAGCUACACCAUCACAGUGCCCAAAGCGCUUUACAAAACCACAUUCGCCCACUCACACACGCAUUCAUACACACCAUGGGCGACUGCUGCCAUGCAAGGCGCUGCCAGGCCCACUGGGAGCAAAUUAGGGUUCAGUGUCUUGUCCAAGGACACUUCGACAUGCGGACAGUCAGAGCCGGGAUUCGAACCAGUUACCCUUCGGUUACUGGACGACCUGCUCUACCUGCUGAUCCACAGCCACCAAAGGCCCAAACUUCCCGUUGAUUGACUGUGAACAGGUGCGAAAGCGACUGAAACCCCAGGAAUAGAAACAAAUGGAGAGACAGUUCAAUUGCACGGUAAAAGAUGACAUUUAUCACAGCUAUCCGACACAUUGGGGUAUAUUUGAGAUCAUUUAGCUUUGGAAUAAUGAAUCCUAAAUAUCACCUUAAAUUGUAUGAGUAAGACGUGUACAAGAUGACCUUGUACGAAAAGAAUGAAGGGCAGCAUUCCACCAACCGUUUUUAAGUCAGUCCAAGUUCGGCCUCCCACGCCCCCUUGAUUCGAUCAUCAGGGAUGCUAUCCAAAAUGAGCAAUUCACUGUAUACCUUUGAAAUCUCUGACUUUUGAAAUAGAUCUAACUGAAAGAGUUCUUCCCAUACCUGAGUCGGUGGUAAUUUAGGAAAGCUUGGGAACAAUGAUUGGACCGAAAAUUUCGAAAGAGUUGGGAAGCCGAGAGACCAAACUCAGCCGAGAGGUCGGCAAACCUACUAAAAUCAUCAUUCCUAUAUACAUUUGAAAAGAUUUCAGACCCUUAUCAUGCCAGGCUGAGAAGCCAAUCCAAUAGCAGCGUUUGAAUAACUGGUUUCUCAUUAACGGAUCCGAAGCAGACAGGAGGCUAAACUUAAAGUGUCUCCUGAAUUGGUACCAGAUUUUGCGAGUAGAACAUACAACCAGAUUUUGUGUCAGACAGAAAAGAGGAAGCGAGCAAGGCUGGUAGAGAAGACGACAUACAGGAUUUGGAUACAAAUUUGCACCAAAGCGGAUUUGCCGACGCAUACCAGUAUGACAUUUUAUGAAUAUGAGCAGCUCAAUAAUACAAUUGAGAAUUUGGUGAUGACAACCCUCCAUUGAACUUCCACCUUUUGAAGCACCGCUUUACGUAUAGGUACUUACCCUUCUAGCAAAAGAUUGAUAUUGUUUGGUGUAUCUUUUUAAAGAAUCUUUUCAUCAAAAGAAAAACAGGUCGACAAUGAAAGAGAAACAAAAAUGUAGGCAAGAUGUUCAUCUUGAUCGUAUUAAGCCUCCCAAUCAGAGACAAGGGUAGAUGCUCCCAUCUCUGAAGGUCGGAUCUAAGGUCAGUCAUUAAGGGGGGCAAAUGAGUAGAAAAAAGAGAAGGGAUGGUUCUGGUUAUAGUCACUCCCAAAUAUUUGAAGCUAGACGGACCCAAUUUAAAAGGGAUAUCAGAUUGAACUAAUUGAAGUGCCGACUGAUUGAUAGGUUAACAUUCACUCUUGGAGACAUUUCACCCUGUAGCCCGAGAAUGAUCCAAAUCGCGCAAGUAAAGCCACUAUACAAGGAUCAGAAACGUAUAACAUUAAGUUGUCAGCAUGAAGCCAUCAUUUCAGUCCUAUUCCUGAUUUUAUGACCCCAUUAAAUGUAGGAGAGGACUUCAAAUAAAUCGACAGCUGCUCGAUUGCUAUUGAAAAUGACAGUGCAGACAGAGGAUUAGUCCGUGAUAUUGGGGGAAAAAUGCAUUGAAAACCAUGAGUGUAUAUAUACAAGCUUGUGGCAAAGAGUACAUGUAUUUAACGUUUUUAGUUAGUUUUUAGGCUUUUUAUGUACACAUUUCUGUGCAAUACAUUUCAUCAAAUCAUCAUUUUAGUGCAGUUUUUGUUUUCCUGUAUUCAAACACAGUGUUAAUGUUCAAAAUGCACAUCAUGUUACAGUGGCUUAUAGUAGGAAAUAUGCUUUUUUUUUUUGUCUGCAUUUUUCGAUGAAGACUGGAAAAUAAACAUUUUGAAAACCACUGCAAUAUUCUACACAUAUGUAUAUGUGGAGCUGCCAGUGCUCCACACUCCUCAUGACAAUCGUUGUAUGCGCUUUUCUCAAUCAUCCGCUUUGUGCGAGGGAGACCCUCCCACUGACGUCAGACGACAGGUGGGGGCGGGGCGUGCGCAGUGACGUAACCAGAUGCAGCAGCAACCCCUUUAAAAGGCUCGCGCUGGCCGCCCGGCAGCCCACAGGAUCAGGAGCAGGAUCAGCCAACCCCCACUCUCUCUCGUGCGCGUUCCGGUCAAGACCCCCUCCUCCCCCCCACGACCACCCUCCCUCUCUGCUUGGACUGGAAGGAGGACUCGGCGACCCCAUGCUCGUCGGGCGGUGACCCCCAACCCCGACGCCCCCCUCAGCCGAUGCGAUUCUUCAAGCUGACGUUCAAGUGUUUUGUGGAUUGUUUCUGACCGUCGACGUCGGAACACUUUGGACGUUUUAUUUGCGUUUGAUUUUUAUUUUUAUUUGUACUUUUUUUUUUUUUUUUUUUUUUGGAGGGGACAGGGGGAACAUUAAGAAAAACAGACCAAAAAACGCUUUGGGCUAUUUUGGAGCGAGCGCCUUUUUGAUUGAUGGACAGGCAGACUGCGUGCCCCCUCCCCUCCUCCUGCUCGCUGCUGCCCCCGGAGGAGGCCAAGAGGAGUCACCUCGGCCAGGGGGGGCUGAUGGCGGCCGGGCCGGACGGACCCGGUUCCGAGGGCUGCAAGAAAGGCGGCGUAGUCGUGGGUCCUCCUCCGCCGCCGCUGGUGCGUCAGGAGCGCGAGACGUGGAGCAGACAAAUGGACUUCAUCAUGUCGUGCGUGGGCUUCGCCGUGGGCCUGGGAAACGUGUGGAGGUUCCCCUACCUGUGCUACAAGAACGGAGGAGGCGUCUUCCUCAUCCCUUACCUGCUGAUCGUCUUUGUGGGCGGGGUGCCCAUCUUCUUCCUGGAGAUUGCGCUGGGUCAGUUCAUGAAGGCGGGAAGCAUCAAUGUGUGGAACAUCGCACCGUUAUUUAAAGGUCUGGGCUACGCGUCCAUGGUGAUGAUGUUCUUCUCUAACACGUACUACAUCAUGGUGCUGGCAUGGGCUUUCUACUACCUCAUCAAGUCGUUCAACGCCACCCUGCCGUGGUCCACGUGCGACAACGCCUGGAACAGCAACUCCUGUGUAGACGCCUUCAGCUUGCACCACUGCAACAAUGCCAGUGACAACGUCGCCGGCGGAAACCUCACCUGCGCCCAGCUGGCCCACGCUGUAUCGCCCAUCAUCGAGUUCUGGGAGAACAAGGUUCUGAACAUCUCAUCGGGGUUAGACGAUCCGGGUCACGUCAAUUGGGAGUUGCUGUUGUGUCUGAUCACCGUGUGGCUGCUCGUCUACUUCUGUGUGUGGAAGGGCGUCAAAUCUACUGGAAAGAUUGUGUACUUCACGGCCACCUUCCCAUAUGUGGUACUGAUCAUCCUGCUGGUCCGUGGAGUCACACUUCCCGGUGCGUUCGACGGCAUCAUGUAUUACAUCAAACCUGAUUGGUCCAAGCUGGAGGAGGCUCAGGUGUGGAUCGACGCUGGCACGCAGGUCUUCUUCUCGUACGCCAUCGGUCUGGGAGCGCUGACGGCUCUGGGCAGCUACAACCGCUUCAACAACGACUGCUACAAAGACGUCUUCGUGCUGGCGCUGAUUAACAGCGGGACCAGCUUCUUCGCCGGCUUCGUGGUCUUCUCCAUCCUGGGCUUCAUGGCGGCCGAGCAGGGCGUGGACAUUUCGCAGGUCGCCGAGUCAGGUCCUGGUCUGGCGUUCAUUGCAUAUCCGAAGGCAGUCAGUUUGAUGCCGGUGGCUCCGUUGUGGGCCGGGCUCUUCUUCUUCAUGCUGCUGCUGCUUGGUCUGGACAGUCAGUUUGUCGGCGUCGAAGGUUUUGUGACGGGCAUUCUGGAUCUGUUCCCCGGAAAAUACGAGCACCGCUACAAGAGGGAGCUCGCCGUAGCCCUCUGCUGCUUCCUGUGCUUCAUCAUCGACAUCUCCAUGGUGACACAGGUCAGUGGUCGCCACUUGCACGUCAGCCUCUUGGCGGGAAUCGAACCGCCGACUCUGUUGCGCUUCCAGGGAGGAAUGUAUGUGUUCCAGUUGUUUGACUACUACUCGGCCAGCGGGAUGACGCUCUUGUGGCAGGCCUUCUGGGAAUGCGUCGUGGUGUCCUGGGUCUACGGCGCUGACCGCUUCAUAGACGACGUGGCGCGCAUGAUUGGCUACAGGCCGCUGCCCUGCAUGAAGUGGUGCUGGUCCUUCAUCACGCCGUGCGUGUGCUUGGGCAUCUUCCUGUUCCACCUGGUCAACUACAAGGGGCUGACAUACAACAACACGUACGUGUACCCGUGGUGGGGUGAGGUGAUUGGCUGGUGUCUGGCGCUGUCGUCCAUGUUGUGCAUCCCGCUCGGUCUACUCUACAAACUCUUCCGCGCCAAAGGCUCCUUCGCACAGCGCUGGGCCCGCCUGACCAGCCCGGUGUGGGGAGGGCACCACCUGGAGUACAUGGCGCCCGACGUCAAGCCGCUCAGCUCGUUGUCGCCCGCCGGCGAUGACAACAAAGUUAUCAUCUUCGAGAGCGUCAUGUGACCCCCCGAACACUCGCCAGCUCGCUCGCACUUUAUCACGCUCGUCUUCCUGUCUGACCCGCCAAAAUACGAACACUGUGACGCAUCAGGUCCCGUUCCAAAGUCAGGACCGGAGCCCAACCUCUCCAGCCCCGGCAGCACAGGAAGACAGACGAGCGGUCGUGCGGGUUGCCUUAUGCUGUUGUCUUAAUGCCAUUCGUUGUUCACCAGCCAAUCUCUGGACUUUUAUUCUGUUGAGACGAAGAAGUGGGUCUCAUUUUCAUGCUGUAUGUGAUGCGGAUUUUUCAGCGGUGCUUUUAUUUUGGCUUUAACACUGACUAAAGGGAAUUUUGGUGUUGUUUUAAAGGAGACAUACCCCCCCCCCCCCCAAUUUAAAAGCGUUCCCAUGUUUUAAUAACUAUUCAUACUAUUAUACUAUUCAUAACUCCGCAAUGAAGAAUAUUUUGACAGCAUUUUUAUUGCUAUGCUGAAAUGUUCUCGUUCUGUUACAUCACUCAAAGCAGCGCCCAUUGAGACUCCGUUGCUCAUCACUGGCAGAUGCAGCAUUUCAUCAUCAAGCCACCGACAGAGCACCUGUCAAUCAAUGUGGUGGUGCGGCGCACGACAUGGCCAAUCACAAAGACUCCCCACCCCCACGUGAACAACGUUAUAACCGUACAUCGUUGCAACAUCAGAAGCCAUUGUUUUUCUGGUAACACUGUUAGCCAACACUGCAGCUCUGCUUACCUCUUGGCUAUGACAUGAUUGUGCUUAAGCCAAAGUGGUUAUUUGGCUCUGGACCAGGGGCACCAUCAAGCCCCACGACGAUUGGGAUCGUCUGCAGAAAAGGUCGAUCAGCAAGUUUCAGCCACCCCAACCACCGUCGAAGAUUGGCUUCAGCUACCCCAUCAAAACAUUUCUGGAGGCGCCCCUGCUCUGCACCUUGGUCCAGCCAAGUGGCCAAGUCAAUGGCUGACAAACUUGGUGUGGGAGUGGGCGUUCUAUUCAUUAACCCCAUUAUUUGCCAAAAGUGGGGUGAAAAUACAGACAGGCUUGCCCAAAGACACAUUUGAAAAAAAUAGGCAAGAUCAUUCAAUUUUAUUUCACACAACUAUUUGGAUGCAAACAAAGGGUCUCUUUUCCAUGUCUCCUUUAACACUGACUCAAAGGGAUUUUUUUUAAUUUGUUUUAAAUGUUUUUCUUUUCUAACAUUCAAAGUGUGGAAAACCUUUCAGUGUUUGAUUCUUUAAAGCUGAAAAUUAAUGUUUUGGUAAAUCAACACCAAAAUCGAACUCUCGCAAAUACGGACGAUGUAGGAUCUACUUCCAGGCAGGGAACCAAUCAACUGAGUCGCCUCCCCACAUGCUUCCGGUCGCCUUUUGCUAAUAGAAAUUAUGUCACAGAUGAUGUCAGCAUGUAGCAGUAUUUUUUUGUUGGGAGACAUUUUACAUAUUGCAUAUACAUGCAUACAUGUGAAAAGCUGUAAAUAGUAAUGCUGUUGUUUAACUGUGAAAAUGUGACUGUCAGAAAGUGGCGUUUAACCCUACUGUUUGUCAGGAAGAGCAAUAAUGUUGCUGGGGCAUGCUAAUUUCCCUAAAGUAACGAAUGCAAUAAAUAAAUAAAAUAAAACAA